GAAAAAUUCGCAAAAGCGCAACUGAAGCUGAAACUCGUCUCAGAAAUCAAAGAUGUCUCGCGUCGCUAUUCUUCUUCUCUUCGUGGCUGUAGCCUUUAUAAGCUUGAGCAACGCAGAUCAUGAAUGCGGCAAAAACGAAGUAUACAGUGAAUGUGGAAGCAAUUGUGAACCUAAAUGUGGAGAGAAGGAGCCAACAUACUGUCCUCAGGUGUGCCUGGAGGGCCGCUGUCAAUGUAAGGCGGGAUACAAAAGGAACGCUGAAGGAGCAUGUGUCUGGCCUAACAAGUGUCCAUCCCCAUAAUAUUAUUUCUUAACCGUGUGAUUUAUUUAUCAAUGAAAAUAUUGUGAUCCAGAAAAUGGACAAUAAAUAGCGUUACUUUCUGCAUUCA